AUGUCGAGGAUUCCCGCCUAUCUCAUCGAACGGGCAAAGAACGGUGACGAACUGGCUCUCAGACAUCUUUCGGAUAUCGUUACUCCUGAAAACUACACCCUUGCUGCUCUAGACGCGACGCUCGCCCAUCUUCGAAUCGAGAAGCUACCCACGAACCCCUCAGAGGUUGCCGCGUUUUCCGGCAUCUGUCGCGGUGCAUUGCAAUGUUUCUCUGCAUGCAUCUCGAAUUGUUACCGGGGCCCAACGUAUAUCCGGGCCACGAUCUCAAAGGUUAUGGAUCAAAUGGACGACAUCCUCUCUUGGGUGAACGUCUUCACUGCGUAUGUCCUUGGGACGAACCUCUCUGCUGAAGUUGCAUCCGCUGCACUGCAUCUUGCUGUGCUAACGGUUGUCAUUUUGAUGAGACUCGAACCUCAAGUGGAAGACCAAAUUCUCUGCUCACCAAAGACGGUUACUUUCUUUCUAAAGUCUUGGAAUGACCGGCGCUGUGACAACGGCAUGCCUUUCGUCUUUGACAACGUGUCCGGAUGUCCUCUCGUCACCCUCUUUGCAAGGUAUCUAGGACAUCCGGAGGGGUACGACCUCCUCGUCGAAUCCAUCACCUCAUCUCGAAGAAGGCUCGCGGCUUUUUGCGACUCAUACGUCCUCCGGAUCACUGUCACACUUAAAGUGCUCGAGAGCGAACCUGGCUUUGACAUGCCGAACUACAUUUUUACCCUCCUCUCCAACCUCCCUCAGAUCGCCUCGAAAUCAGUCCUUAUCCAUCGCGGACUCCGAGAAAGCCGGAUGUUGGACCAAAGCAUUAGAACUCUGGUGACACUUUCCCCCCAAAUCGACUCGAAGCAGAAGUUUGGCAUGUCUGCUCUCGUGCUACAUGCAGCGUAUCAGCGCGGAGCGGAUCCGAUAAAGGGCGUCGUCGAGGUGCUGCGAGCUGGAAUGAUGCGCCCGCUGGUGCUGGGGAUGCUGACCUGUCCCGACACAGGAUUUGGCGAGAAUGCCAUGGUGAGCCGGUUAUGCGACUCCGUCGUGAGAGCAUGGAGGGGGUUCUCGUUUUAUCCAGCGGUCAUUAGGGCGUUGAAGGAGGCUGUGGCGACCGUUCCAAAGGAGAAGUGGGUAGAAUUCUCAACGAAAAGGGCCUUGAAUACAUCCGACGUGUUCCACACUUUUGUCGGUGGAAUCGAUGAGCGAUACGCGAUGAUGGAGGCGGUGGAGAACGAUGGGAUCGAUUUCUGUGAUAACUACGCGCACAAGCGCAGACCACGAAAGCGACUCUCACAGCUAAGCCAGUGCUCUCGAUGUCGGACAGUGGUCUAUUGCAGUCACGAGUGCCAAAAAGAGGAUUGGGUUGCGGGUCAUCGAGACGAGUGUUAUACCAUGCGCCUCAGCCAUCUCAAGUUGAGGCGCGAAGGCGUCCGUUAUUCACCAUCAUCACGCGCCUACCAUCUACAUCUAACCUCCGUCGCCUUGAAUCUCAGACAUCGAGAAUGGGAUCGUCUGGCACGGAGGUACUACCCUGACAAGGAUCCACGGGAUUGCGUCGUAGUUGUCGAUUUCACCGGCGAGGUCGACGAAAUUCGAGCCCCGACACUACGAAAAAGCCGUGGUUUACGACCUUCGGAUCCGGCGAGGAUCAUCCCUGUAGACGUUUACCUUCAACAACACUGGAAUCCGGAGAGAUGGGAGACCUUUUCCGAGUGCGAUGCUGCGGAGAAACGAGCUGUCGCGAUUGUCGAGGAUGCGUUUUUGGAUCAACUUCACUUUGGAUCAGAUGAUUCGAGCGAGAGCGGUGAUGACAGUGCUGAGGGUAGCCGAAACGGCGGUGUGGAUAGAGAUGGUGAGGUUGGUGAAGCGGCAAUCGAUGAUGCUCAGACGCGGAUUGUUGAGAGUCUGUUCUGUUGGAAUGGAGGGUAUCGUAUCUCGCUUCUUGGCGAGUUCAAGCCCGAGGCAACGGGGGCCGUAGAGAAGUGGAAGCCGGUGCGACACGUUGCCAGAAUCCAGAGGAAGAUAAGGAAGGGUGAUGUCCUAGGAUUUUUAGACUUCGGUUAUGAUGAAUGAGAUUUGGCUUUUUGUAUC